AUGCCAGCCUAUCAUUCUACUUUAACGGAUUAUACACAAUCUGUAGGAAACUUGGCCUUAUUGCCGGUUCGAACAACAUUCCGGGGACCGGCUCCACUCAACCCAAAACUUGAAUUAGACAUAAUAGACGAAGCUUUAAAUUACUUUAAGGCUAACGUAUUCUUUAGAUUUUAUGAAAUUAAGUCUGACUCAGACAGAGUUCUUAUUUAUCUGACACUGUAUAUAUCAGAAUGUUUGAAGAAACUGCAGAAAUGUUCUACCAAAAAUCAAGGGCAACAGGAAAUGUAUAUGCUUGCUAUAUCCAAGUUUGAUAUUCCGGGGGAACCUGGAUUUCCACUGAAUUCAGUUUAUGCAAAACCAUCAAGUCCUCAAGAAGCUGAUUUGAUGAGGCAGUAUCUGCAGCAACUGCGACAUGAAACUGGAGGACGGGUUUGUGAAAAGGUUUUUGCUACAGAAGAUGGAAAACCAAGCAAGUGGUGGUUAUGUUUUGCUAAAAGAAAAUUUAUGGAUAAAUCGCUCUCUGGACCAGGCCAAUAA